GGGCUCCAACUCCGCUCCUGUGGCGCGAGUUCAGCCCGAAACCUGCGCUUGGCGGCGGCAUCCCAGAUGGGGAAAUGUCUUCCCCUUGGGCAGUGAUUUGUUUGCAGCGGGGUGACAAUUACCAGCGGCCGCUCUCUGCUGCCGUGGGUUAUUUCAGUCUACAGGGUCAAUGCAGGCUGUGUCAGGCCUGCCACUCAAUGCGCUUGUCUCAGCAGCGCCCCGGUUGCAACCCUCGCUCCCCCUACAGUGCGCGCUGUCGGGCAGUGGCUGCGCCGACCUUGUCCCUCAGCCCCGGAAGUGAUCGCGGUGUCGGUGUUGGAGUCGCCGAGACCGAACUGUAGAGGCAACGCGGGGAGCGGAUAAACGCCGCGUGUUCCCGGCUGCCCGGAGCGGCGGGGUGACAGGUCAUGCACUCAUUCAGGGUGGCCGCCGAAUGUGAGAUAAUUUAUUCCAAAACGGUGCCCCUUCUCAUUUGGAGCGGAUGCAGCUUGUCAAAGUGAGACUGACUCAUACUGGAGGACUAUCCGAUAUCUCACCAACAAUUGACUGACCCUUGCCAAGAUGCCAAGAAAGGAUUUGACCCUGGCCGAAAAAAUUACGGUACUGGACCAAAUUAAAAGCCAUCCGCCUAACACCACCCAUCGUCAGCUGGCAGUGAUAACUGGAGUGCCAAAAUCUACAAUUGCACGCUUGAUACAACAGCAAGAUAAACUGCGAGAAGAAUGGGCAUUAUGUGAGGGACAGCAGGGAACAUCCCAAAAACGAAAGCGUGAAGGUAAGAACCCAGAUGUUGAAAAGGCCCUCAAUCAAUGGUUUUCCGUGGUAACCGGACGAGGUGUGAGAGUCAGUGGACCAAUGUUAAAAAACAAAUCAGAGGAGUUGGCUAAGAAGCUGGGCCACAGAGAUUUUAAAGCAACAGAUGGUUGGUUAUCUCGAUGGAAGUGUAGGCAUCACAUUCAAUUCAAGAAAACACAUGGAGAGAAAAGUGGUUCUGAUGCUUUAAAUGCAGAGGCAUGGAAAUCUACAAAACUGCCAGAUUUGCUUCAAAAUUUUUGUGCAGAUGAUAUCUACAAUGCUGACGAAACGGGCCUUUUUUAUCGUGCCGUACUAUCAGGUACAAAGAAAGCAAUAGAUCACAUAACUGUCUUGUGUUGUUCAAAUAUGUCGGGGACUGAUAAAAAGAAACUGUUGGUUAUUGGAAAAAGUGUUAAGCCUCGGUGCUUUAAGGGGCUAAGAAUGGAUAGUUUACCAAUCGAAUACUAUGCUAAUAAGAAUGCAUGGAUGACAUCUGACAUUUUUAAGAAUUGGCUGAUGAGUUGGGAUAUGGAGCUACAGCGGAAAUCAAGAAAAGUUCUUCUCCUUCUUGACAAUUGUGCAGCAUACCCUAAUGUAGAAUGUUUGAAGAACAUUCAGCUGGAAUUUCUGCCUGCCAGUAGAACAUACUUGGUACAGCCAAUGGACAUGGGGAUCAUAAAAAAAUUAAAGACACUGUAUCGCAGAAAAUUGGUGAACCACAUUCUGGAAGCAAUUGAAGAAAAUCUACUGACAUCUUCUGCAACAGCCAAGGAAGUGUGUGCAAGGGUUAACCUUUUACAGGCAAUACAGUUUGUCACUGAUAGUUGGCGAGAAAUAAGCAGUAAAACAAUUCAGAACUGUUUUGCUCUUUGCGGUUUCAAGCAUUCAGGCUUUGAGAUGACAGAAAUGGCCGGGAGUGAAAAUGAAACGAUUUCAGUCCUUCAGGUUGGGAACUACGACGAGUUUGAAGUUAUCGACAAUCAUCUUGAAUGUUACAAUGAAAACGAAGAUUUGGAGGAUGCAAUCGUUGAAAGCAUUGUAUCAAUAAACCAAGGUGGGAAAUAUGAAGAUGAGGAAAGUGAUCAAGAUGACACAUCUGAACCUGAGCUAGUGACUACACAGGAUGCCAGGAAAUUCAUUGUUGGAUUACAACGCUAUUUCAUGCAGGAAGGCAAUGAAGGCAGUCCACUAUCUGCACUAAGUGUCUGUGCUGAUUUUGUUCAUUUACAGUCAAUCAAAAGAAAACGGCUGCAUACACUGGACGAAUUUCUCCGUCGAUGACUAUUAGGAACUAAUACAGUUUUAUUGUACUGUAGUAGUAUUGCUAGUGUUCUAAUUUGUUCUGUAUUUCAUUUAAAUAUAUAAUUAGUUAUUCAGUUAAACAGUCAUUUGACUUUUUUAUACCUUUUUAACUAUUUCCAUGAAACCAGCUUAAUUUGUCUAACUGUACUGCCCCAAUUAACCAGAAUCCACUAUAUUGCCAUUUUAAUAGUUUGCCCCCUGACUUAAUUAGGUCAAUAAUUGUUUAUGGUUAAACACAUUAUAACAGAAUAUACAUUUACUACAUUUUAUAAUUAGGAAUGUUUCAUUUUCUAGUGGUCUGCACAAUUUUUGAAUGGGUGAGGGUUAUUUCCUGAACACAGCUAAAAAAAAAAACAAGAAGCUUAGCUACGAUAACUGAUGUCAUAAAUCUGUACUUGUACUACGUUAAACUUUUCAAAUUUACUGCUGUAAGGCACAGGGCAUAAAUGCUAUGAACAUUAGCUUUUUUGCAGCAGCAGCAGCAGCACCGUACAAGUAAUAGUUAUAUUGUAAAGGAAGGUUCCAGGUAAUUCUGAGGUUUGUAAUGAACCAGUUAAUAUUGGCAAAUAUAUUACUUGUGAUCUAUUAUUGUACUGUGCUGAAGCAAAUUGAGUUCCCAGUUCUGCCUGCACAUCCAUUGGGUAUACAGUGAAUUUCAAUUAAUCAGGUCAUUGUUUAAUCUGGCCAGCCACUUAUUUGGGACAGCUCUUAAAGAACAUUAACUAAUCAAGAAAAUAGCCAGGAUUCCCUUUGUUUAUUUGAGAUAUUAUGCUGCUUAAUUAACCCAGGAGACUGUUGCUGAACAGUUUCCAACUAGCAUCAGUCAUGUGCCAUCACUUGUGUGGCCGUUAGACACUACACUGUGCUGAGAGCAAACAAUUUUGAAAUAGCUUCAGUUGCAUGUAUUUGUGUUCAAAAAGCAAUGUUCUUUUGUCACUGGUAGUUGAAAACAAAUGAGCAAUAAGACAAUUCAGAACUUUUAAGCUCACUGCAAGUAUUCAGGCUUGGAGAUACCAAAAAUAGCCGAGUGAAAAUGAAACAAUUAGAAACUAUGAAGAAUUUUGAAGGUAUCGACAAUCAUCUUGAAUGUUUCAAUUAAAAUGAAGAUUUGGAAGAUGUAAUCAUCAAAAGCACUGUUUGAAAGCAGUCCACUAUCUGCACUAGGUGCCUGCAUUCAUUUUGUUCACUUAUAGUCAAUCAAAGAACAUCAGUGAACACUGAAUGAACUCCUCCGUUGAUAACUAUUAGCAACUAAUACAGUUUUAUAGUUCUCUAAUAGUCUUGUUACUGUUCUAAUUUAUUCUGUAUUCCAUUUAAAUACAUAAUUUGUUGCUUUUUAAACUAUUUCCAUAAAACUUUGGCUAAUUGCAGCAGCUGCUUAAUUGGACCAAAACGUACUUGUCCUGAUGUGAUGAGUGCACUGUAUAUGGAUGCUGUUUGGAAAAAAGAUUCAUUUGAGGUUCUCUUUUACUUGUUUCACCACUGCUUACAGCAACUUCUGCCCGUCACUGAGUUGGAGAAUUCCUUUCAAAACAUAAAUAAAAUGUUUGUAUUGUAUUAUUGAUCACAUUUCAUGUGUUAAAUGGAAUAGAAAUGAACACGAUAGAUACUUUCAGACUAUAUUGUUUUAAUGAAAAAAACAUAUGAAUCACUAUUCAUGAACAUUUUGUUUAUAUUAAUAUAUACUGUGGUAAUAUAUUCUAUAUUUGAAUUCACAUUCAAAGUAAAUUUAUUAUGGAAGUA